GUGGCUCUGAAUUCAUUGGAUCUUCCGUGGCUGUCCGACCAUCGAACAACAACGUAUUCAAUAUUUGUGCACGAUUCCUUCACUUGCAUUGCUGGCAAGAAGAAGUUGAAAUUUUCCCUCAUGAAUUGAUAACACAGGAUAUUUUGCAGAAUAAAAGAUGGCUUCAACUGCUUUAGAAGAGAAGAUUAAUAAAAUCAGACAGAAAAAUGAAGAAAUACGGCGGAGGCAUGAAGAAGUUGAAGCAGAUAAACAAAAUGCCGCAAAAUUGAAUGCAUUGGUGAAAAUGGUUCCAACCACUGAUUGGCCAGAACGAAAGGAACCACCAGAAUUUUCAAAUCCACCACCUACCAAAAGCAAUAGCAAUUUCAAGCAAAAAACUUCUGGGAAAGAAUAUCGUGGGGUACAACAGCAAUAUCAUGCUGGAGGUGGAGAUGGCAGGAAGACCCAUGUUUUUGCGGAAGGUGACGGACCACCUCCUGAUCCAAGCUACAACUUUCUCGCUGACUCUGAAAGAGAUGAACGGAAUAGAGAAGAUCUAAGAAACAACGAUCGAUUCAGAGGUCACGGCGGAACUCAUCGAGGUGCUUUUAGAAGGAGGGGCAGUGGCCGUGAUGGACAUUCUAAGGAAUAUCGAACAUCCUCUACCGCACCAAAAGACGCUACUAAACCAGAAUAUGAAGCGUGGAGAGCUGAGCGCAAUCGAAUUGAUGAAGCUCGAAUCAGUCGCCAGCGCACUGCCGAGGGUAACUGGCGCCGAGAAUGGGAUAAUAAUAAAACGAACGUAGAAGAAGAUAAAGUCGAUGGAACAAAAGCAACUCGGCAAGACAUCGGAGAUAUCGUAAGAAAAGAUCAUAAGGAGUUUGACAAGUGGCAGGGCAAUGACACUGACUUUGAUUCACCGCGAGCCCGUGGUGGAAAGCAAUACCUCAAUCAGGGUUCAUCGAGAGGAUCUCAUACUAAUCGAGGAUAUCAACAUUCAAUAUCAUAUGAACAAUAUCAUGCACCCGUAUCACCUUCAAGUAUCAAACCCGUUCAAUCUCCAAAUGGAAUUGAUGAUCGAACUGUUCUGGCCACAGAUAAGAGUAUCAAGGUUAUCGUCAAUCAUGGCAAUAUUGCUCCAAGAGGUCCUGUAAUGAGUGUUAAGGUGAGCUCUUCAAGCAUAGCGGGCACAGGGCGAGUUGGUCCUCGUCAAAAGCCUCGUGUGUUAUAUAGCAGUCAGUCGGAAACUGAGACACCCAGCCAUGACUUUUCCAACCACAAAUCAUCGGAAGAUAAAACGAAUCAUGUUUAUUUUAAUCAGGAUGUGGAUGAACAAUCACACUAUCUUCCCAAAAUUUUGCAUCCACAGCGGAGAGCGGAAAAUAACUCGAAAUCACCAUAUUUACCAAGAAAGGAAUCUAAGUACGAUGCGCAAGAGCGAAAACAUGGAGAAUCCGCUUCAAAAUCGCCAUAUUUACAACGAAAAGAAAUGAAAAACUGUCCGAAAUCACCUCAAUUCCAAAGGAAAGAAGUUUUGUCCAACCGGGACUCACACAUCAAGCAAAGAAAUAAUUUUUCAGCAAACGAUUCAUUCAAAUCCACUAACUCACAAAGGCGGACAGUUGAUAAAUUUAAACAUGAUACGCAGAAAUCUCCAACAACAAAGAAAAGUGAUGAAAUAUCGGCUUCAAAACCACAACGAAUAAACAAGCGAGUUGAUAAAUUAAAAAAUUCUCAACCCAUGAAUUCUAAAAAAGAACAAGAGCCCGAAAGUAACACUCAAAUUAACACAUGUGUUUUGUCUGAAAUGAUAGAAAAUGAUACCGAACGCAUCAACGCAUAUGAUGGUAUUGAAAUUAUUACUAAUAUACGUGAGGCAAAUUCAUCCAAGGGCUCACAAAAAGUUGAGACAAUCAAAGAAGAAGAAUCUAAGUCAAUCGGUAACUCAGAAGUUAUCAGCGUAUCUACUUGUUCAGAAAACGUUGACGAUAGUGCCUCUAAUGAUUUCAAAAUAAUCAAAAGCUCCGACUUAACGGAAACACCUGAGUCAAGAGUUGUGAUUUCUGCAGAUGGCCGUCAGUCUCCACAAUUUACGGUUGGAUCGUAUAAUAGCUUAGACACGGAAUUAAAUGUUAACAAUGAAAAAUCGAAGUCUUCUACCGAUUCAGUCGUUUUGCAUUCUAUUGAAAACCAAUCCGAUAGUUGUUCCAAAAAAGUUGGGGAUUCGAAAGAUGUUGUGGAAAUAUCAGAAGAAGGAGUAUCUGUACCGCAAGAGAUAAUUGAGAUUGACAAAUUUACUGAAAAUAAUGUAUCUGAUACGACAGCCGAAUCAAACAAUAUCUCAGACAUAUCUGAUGUAGAUUCUAAGUAUCACAAAAAUGCAGCUGUUGUCACUAUUUCGGCUAAAUUAGAAGAUUCUGAGACAGAUGUCAGUUUGAAUAAUGAAUUACACAGCGAAUCACGUAACGAAAUAUCUGACAAUGCAGACCACCAAACGAAUGUAAUCCUACCAGCGCUUGGAGAGGUCAACAUCGAUUCACGCCUAUCUACAAAAACGGAGAGUCAAGAUUAGUGAAAAAAAAAAAUUGAGAUUCUGUCUAUGAUAAUAUUGUUGUAAAAUCGGAAGAGUGAAUUGUACAUACAAAUAGCAAUGCAUCACAAUUGUCGGUGUAUAUAAAUUAAAUCCUCAUGAAGCAGAUUGCUUGAUGUCACUAAUGCGAUGCAAUCACUGUACAUAUUUAAUAAUCGUGAUGCUUAAUUCAAAUAUGUUGUGAUUUUUUGAAUUUUAUCACAACUGAAAUUAAUUCUUGUAAUCGAUCAUUAAUUGUUGUUUGAUAUGAUCAUGCCAGUUGUUUGAGUACUAUAUCAUAGUCAAAAAAAUAUUUUGAAGCUUAAAAAAUUUUAAAUUAUUAUAAGUGUAUUCGUGACCUUUAUUUAGAUACAAUUUUUUCUCUGAAUAAUGUAGCUCAAGAUUAAUAAUUGUGAAUUAGUUUUACGAAUUAUCAAUCGCGUAGCCUUGUGACAUAACAUCGUUGCUUUUCAAAUCUAAUUUGUUGACAUCACUGUUGAAGCAAUAUUUGAACACAAAUAUUUCAUGUACCAUGAAUAUUACCCUCGAUAAUUAUUGUUGCCUUUUAUGGUGAAUGGUACUGCCAAAUAAUGUCUCAUAUUUAUGAUAAUCGGUGAAUGCACAUAUUGGAUAAAAUCAAUGGUAGCACUAAAUAUAUAUUUCGUACCUAUUGUCAAGCUAGGUACACAACUAUACGUACACGCAUACAUACAUAAGUAUAUACAAAGGGGAAAAAAAAAUUAUUUAUUUUAAAAAUCAAUCGAAUAUUUUUAUACCAAAUAUUUUGGCUAUUGGAAUUUAGGGUGCGAGACCGUUUUAGAAAACGCGAUAUAGAAAAUUUCUGGAUACUCAUAAAAAUAGUAUCAUUGUAUUUAUUGUACCAUUUAGAGUUGAUGCAUAUUUAUUUUGUUUUUAUUUAUGUUUUUGUUAUUUAUGUUAUUCUCAUAUAUGAAGGUUUUAAACUUCAAAGGUAAUACACCCAUAUAUUUAUGUUUCUUCAUUUUAUCGCAUACGUGCUUGGAAAAGCAUUUUAAAUAUUUCCAGCCGUUAACCAAAGCCGCUUGGAUGACUAUGGGACACUGUUACAAUCGUGACUUUAAUUCAACUCUGCAUGCUCGAUAAUAAUCUAAUGCAUUUAUUACAUUACAUCAACUUAUAUCAACAUUGCGCUAUGUGUAUCAUUUUUUGUUUUUCACGUGAUUUAAUUAUUUAAUAUUUCGAUAAAAAUCAACUUGCUUCUUGGGUUCCUGUGAAUAAUAGGGGCAUUUUUUAAUACUACACAUAAACAACCUUAUAGAAAUGUACAUUUCGGAAUUUUUAUUCACAUUAUGAAUCGAAUCAAGAUGACGUAAUGAUUUGAGAAAUAUCGAUUUAUUUAAGUUAAAUUUUCGCAAUCUCAAAUUCAAAUCUGGUUUCCGGUGAGCCUGUUAACCCACAUUUUCUGGUGAUUCAUGUAUUGAACUAUCUUGAGAAUCUAUCGACAUCACCGGUGUUGAAUAACCAAGGGUUUCCAUCAAAUCCUUUAUCAUUGUCCAUACCCGUAUGUUCGUAAGAUUGUUCUAUUACAGUAACAGAAUAAAAAACUAGAUAUAAAUAAUAUUUGAAAAAAAAAAAAAAAAAUACAAGUCAAUAAAAUCGUACUGCUUGCUAACAAAA